CCUGGAGCGAGAUCACCAUCUCCACCAUGACCGAAUUUACAGAGGCAAAUCGGAAUUACUUUGAUCAGUUGGCAACAACCUACCAAGAUAAAUUUGCGGAUUCGAUGAAAAUGCUUUCCGAGCAAACUUUGGCGAACAGACUUUGGAUCAGUGAUCUAUGGACCGAUACCGUCGCCCAAAACCAAGAGAUCAGGAUGCUCGAGUACGCUUGUGGCCCUGGGAACAUUUCAAUGACCUUGGCUCCCUUCUUAACCCAAGUCAUCGGCAUCGACGUCUCCGAUAACAUGGUGGCAGAAUUCAACCGCAAUGCCAAUCUUCUCGGACUUGCAGACAAAGCAAUCGGCCGCACAGCUGAUCUUCUGGCUGACGAUGUCCCGGUCGAGUUUGCUGUAGCGCCAUACAUGGACUUGGAUAUGUUGACGGUCAGCAUGGCACUGCACCACUUUGAGCAGCCGGACCGUGCUUUGAAGCAAUUGGGCGCGCGGUUGAAGAAAGGUGGGGUGUGCUUUAUUAUCGAUCUAGUUGCAGAUUCUGGUCAUGGUCAUAGCCAUAGCCAUAAUCAUGACCAUGGCGAACGUCAGCGUGAGUUUGGUAACGCUGCUCACACGGUCAAGUCCCACGGAUUUUCUCAGGAGAGCAUGCGGGAGCUAUUCCAGGGAGCUGGGCUUGGUGGUGUCGAGUAUAAGGUCCUCGCCCAACCGUUGGUAUUCGUCAAGGAUGAGAAGACAUUUUCUAAGACGGCUUUCAUGGCUCGUGCCCAGCGACUAUGA